AUUACAACCCACUCCUGGAAAUAAUUUUCCACUUCAUGAAGUGUUACAGGUGAUCCAAACUUCCAAGGUAUUUGGAAUGUUUUCCACCAACAUAACUGUUGUAUGUUUAAUUUGUUUUUCUCUUUUGUUUGACAAAGUACAGAUUGCAGAUGGAAUCCUCUAAGAGUGAAUUUAGAGCUCACUCAAAACAAUGAAUAAUAUGACAUCCUGCUACUCUUGAAUAAAAAGGGCUAAACCAAAGCUGGAUUGAGCUCUCUGAAAGCACUUAAGAAGUAAUUUUCUUUGUUUGACUAGCUUCUUCUUCAUGGAAUUGACUAAGUGGGUCCGUCAGUGACUGAGCACGACUCAGCACCCCAUUGGAAAUAGAUGGGCAGCCAUGUUUUACCAACAGGACUUGUGCAAAGGCCACUCUGACCAUACAGCCUUUUGGCCCUUGAAGCAACUGUUGGGUUUCACCUUAAUAAUCAUGUCUCUUCUGUUCACUGCCUUCGGGGCCAUUUCAACUUACAGAUCAGUUCACAAUUGUUUCAGCUUCCCUCAUCAACCCCGGAAGCCUAUGAAACAUAAAUCUUCCUGAAGUUCUGUAUCAGCUACCUCAAGCCUCCACUGAUAACAUCAUUACUCAAAACUGAAAACGGAUUCCUAAUUCCAUUUUCCCUUAAGGGGAGUGGGCUUUCUUCUGAGAAUCUGAAGUUAAAUCUUCCUGAAGUAAAAAAUAACAACUAAUCCUUUAUGUUUCAUAUAGAUAUAGUUCAUUCAUUGAGCAAAUAAUUGACAUUUGUACACUAGUUUGCCACUCUCUAAAUGUCCAGGUUAUUCACUAUUGGAAUCUUAAUUGUAUCUAUCUUCUCUCAUUCUAAAGUAAAUAAAUACUUUAUAUUGUUCCAUAAAACAAUAGUAUCAUAAAUGGCAUAGACUUUUUUUUUCUAGGUGGCUGAAGCCAUACUAUUUUAUAGCAAUCAUGGAGAACAUUAAAGAUAUUACAAACCAAGAAGAACUUUGGAAAAUGAAGCCUAAGAGAAGUCUGGAAGAUGACAGUUACUCGACUAAGCACACGGGAGACCCACACAUGCUGAAAAGGCCCAUGCUCUUGCAUUUGCAGCACACCGUCCAUGUUAAUGCGUUUGACUGCCCCUCCGAGCUUCAGCACACGCAGGAAUUCUUCCCGAACUGGCGCUUGCCAAUUAAAAUUGCAGCGGUUAUAUCCUCUCUGACCUUCCUGUACACUGUUCUGAGGGAAAUCAUUCACCCUUUAGUAACUUCCCAUGAACAGUAUUUUUAUAGAAUUCCAAUCCUGGUCAUUAACAAAGUCUUGCCAAUGGUUUCCAUCACCCUCUUGGCGCUGGUUUAUUUGCCAGGAGUGAUAGCAGCAGUUGUACAACUCCGCAAUGGAACCAAGUACAAGAAAUUCCCGCCAUGGCUAGACAGAUGGAUGCUGACACGGAAGCAGUUCGGGCUGCUCAGCUUCUUUUUUGCUGUGUUGCAUGCAGUGUACAGCCUGUCGUACCCAAUGAGGCGGUCCUACAGAUACAAGCUGCUCAACUGGGCGUACAAGCAGGUUCAACAAAACAAAGAGGAUGCCUGGAUUGAGCAUGAUGUUUGGAGAAUGGAGAUUUAUGUGUCCCUGGGGAUUGUAGGACUGGCCAUCCUGGCUCUCUUGGCUGUGACAUCUAUCCCAUCUGUGAGUGACUCUUUAACAUGGAGAGAAUUCCACUAUAUCCAGAGCAAACUGGGAAUUGUCUCUCUUCUUCUGGGCACAGUACACGCUUUGAUUUUUGCCUGGAAUAAAUGGGUAGAUAUCAAUCAGUUUGUCUGGUACAUGCCUCCUACUUUCAUGAUAGCCGUUCUCCUUCCAACUGUUGUCCUGAUAUGUAAAGUUGUGCUCUCCUUGCCCUGCUUGAGGAGGAAGAUACUGAAGAUUCGAUGUGGUUGGGAAGAUCCCAGCAAAGUAAACAGGAUGGAGGCGGCCUCCCGGCUGUAGAAUUACUCAAUAUUGGUGUUUUGUUAUAAAUAUCUCAAGUUUGUGUUUGUUAAUAAAAUGAAUGCUUCAGGAUCA